AUGUCAUCAUCAAUAUUAUAUCAAGAUUCAAAUCUUACACAAAAUAUAAUUAAAAAUGAAUUAAAUCAAAUUGGACCUGGGUUUUGGAAUGUUCGUAGUCGUUUUCGAAUUCUUGCUAAACUUAUAGAUAUUGAAACACAAAUGUCAUUUAUUCAAUUACAUACAGGAAAUUUUCUUGUUAUUGAUACAGUUGAAUUAAAUGAUCAUCUUCGUCAAGAAAUUAAUCAUUUAACAGAUAAUGGAAAUAAAAUUGAAGCAGUUAUUGGUACACAUCCAUUUCAUACAUUAUCAUUUCCAUCAUUUUAUAAAUCAUAUCCAAAUGCAGCUUAUUAUGGUACACCACGACAUUUACGUCGAUUAACACAAAUUCCAUGGAGUGGAAAUCUUAAUGAUUGUACUGUAAGAACAUUGUGGCAACCAGAUGUUGAACUACGUAUUCCAGCAGGUGCUGAAUUUAUUAAUCCACAACCUGAAUCAUCAAAUCAUUUUAUAAGUGUUUUUGUUUAUCAUUUAUCAUCCAAAACUCUUCAUAUUAAUGAUACAAUAAUUUAUGCAGAUAAACCGAAUUUCUUAUUUCGAUUAUUUGGUUAUAAACAUGGUAAAAUGGUAUUUCAUCCAUCGAUUAAAAAUGUUGGACUUCAUCCUACAGAAGAUAGUCCAUAUUUAUUUCGAGAUUGGAUGCGUAAUAUGUUACAUGAUUGGCCUUUUGAAAAUAUUUGUUGUGCUCAUAUGGGUGUUAAAAUAGGUGGAGCACAUGAUGAUGUUGUUACACUUCUUAAUGAAAGUGAAUCUCUUUUUAAAAAACUAAGUAUUAAAAAUCGUAAAAGAAAUCCAGACGGCGAAUUACCAAUAGGUAAUCAUUAUAAUAUGAACAUUGUUGGAGAUGAAUGUGGAUGA